AUGGAAAAAGUCCCAAAUACCACUCAUGGAUCUGGCUGUUUUGAACACUGUACACCUCCGGAACAAAACAGCACACCGACAUCUGCUGCGGUCAGUCGCCUCCUGAGAUUCGGAGCCGUGGCUCUUAUUGUUGGUGCAGUGUUGAUGUUGUGUGCAUCUAUGGCUGCUCUCUACCUGUGGAAAGGCAGCGAUAAAAAUGUUUAUAAUGUCCGUUACAGUAUGAGCAUCAAUGGGGAGGUGAGACAGGGCUCCGUGGAAAUUGAUUCAGACAACAACGUGGAGAGAUUUAAAACUGGGAGUGGAGCUGAGGAAGCUGUGGAGAUUCAUGACUUUCAAAUUGGAAUAACCGGAAUCCGCUUCUUUGGAGGAGACAAGUGCUAUAUAAAAUCUCAAAUCAAAGCCAACCUUCCACACAUGGGAGCUCACAACAAAGAGUCGCUGAUGUUUGACCUGACAGAUGAAGCUAUUCCAGUGAGUUUUGACGAGAAGUUCCUCAUAUGGGUUUCUGCCGAGCAGCCGUUGAAGGACACCAGCUUUCUGAGCAACAAAAUUCGGGGUCUUUGCGGGGAACUUCCCAUUUACUGGCUCCAACCUAUCUAUCCUAAAGAUGGGGAGAGGAGAAAAAGAGACACACAGCGAGCCAAACGGCAGUUUAACAUAGAGGAGUUUGAGGCAGCUGCUGAAGAGAGGAACCCGGUGAGUCACGCAGAAGAUGACACCUCCAGAGUUGGGGAAGAAGAGGAGGAGGGGGCACAGUCUGCUGCAGGGUCAGCAUACAAUCCCGAAAACCCCUAUCAUGUGAGUGCUGGAGAGGAAGGUGCCAUGACCUUUGACACCAUGUUAGACCACCAGGGGAUCUGCUGCUCGGAAUGCCAACGCAGCUACACUCACUGUCAGAGAAUAUGCGAGCCUUUGCAUGGCUACUGGCCGUGGCCUUACAACUACAGAGGAUGCCAGGUAGCUUGCCGAGUCAUUAUGCCCUGUCGCUGGUGGGUGGCACGUAUUUUAGGUGUUGUGUAA